AUGGCUGCCACAAAAGACACUGGCAAGGUUUCUCAGCAACAAGAAACUCAAGAAUUCAAAAUUCGUAUAACCUUAACAUCACGUAAUGUAAAAUCGUUAGAAAAAGUGUGUGCCGAUUUAAUUCAUAAAGCAAAAGAAGAAGAGAUUCGUGUCAAAGGUCCUGUUCGUAUGCCAACAAAAACAUUACGAAUAACAACAAGAAAAACACCAUGUGGUGAAGGUUCAAAGACAUGGGAUCGUUUUCAAAUGCGUAUUCAUAAACGUGUUGUUGAUUUACAUUCAAAAUCUGAAAUUGUUAAACAAAUAACAUCGAUUAGUAUUGAACCGGGUGUAGAUGUUGAAGUGACAGUCGCUGAUUCGUAG